GGAGGCUCGAAGAUAGCAAACUGGAGGCGGUGAGGGGGACGGAAUCUCUUGUCUUUCUGCAACAGAUGCAACUCAACAAUCCACGGAAGGUUUGAGAAAGUGUCGGUGUUCGGUGGGAUUGGUUCUUUCCCCCUUCCCCCCAAUGGCCCUCAAGUCUGGAUAUAGGUGAGCUUGGGCAUGCCUCUAUUGGGUGCACGGACAAGGACACAGGGCCUGGGAACGACCUCCCUCCCGUCACCCUCCGAAAGUGAUACACUUUCUCCCCCUCCCAAACAACCCCAGCCCCGGCUCCGCGUCUCUCUCCCUCUCCUCCCCCAGCCCAGUCUGGCCUCAGCGCUAGGUGAACCCGGUUGGGGUGUCACUCGACGCCCACUAGGGGCCGAGGAGGCUCCAGUGCGCAGGCUCCGGGCACCGGAUAAAAGCGGAGCUGGCGACUCCAGCGCUGUCUCUAUGGAGGAGCGAGAAACGGAAGAGGUCGGGGGGACAAGCAGCAGGAAAAAUGCAGCCACCGUCAGCGCCGCCUCCUUGCCACCGUAUUUCGGGGUAAAAAGCUGCCGUUGCCGUCGGUGCAGUUGCCGUCGCUGCCUCCUAUACUUCUCUUGGUCUCGGGGAAGGAUUUCCCCACCGGUGGGACAUUGUGCGGGGAGGGGAGUGGGAAUUACUGUACGUGGCGGUGAUUAAACGAGGGAGGGACAGAGACAGUGAUCUCGAAGAAAAAAGGGGGAAACCAAAAAAUAAAGGGUUUCCCCACUAAAGUGACACGGCUAUUACGGCUCUUGUUUUCGGGGUCUUUCCCCGAAAUGGUUUCCGUCUUCCCCUUGCCCCGCAGCGACCCGGAGCGCGGGGGGA